UUUCUUCAGUUUUAGAGACGGGACGCGAGAAGAGACGCCUCCUUUCUCCCUGAGGACACACACGCACACACACACACGCACACACACAUACACACACACAGUUCCAGUAGGAAAGAGUAUAAAGGAGAAAACGCUGUGAGUGCAGCAGAGAGAGAGAGGAAGGAAGAGGAAUGAGGCUGGAAAAAGAACAAGCCUGAACACACACACACACACGCAUACACACACACAGACACACACAGAGUCAGUGGCAGCGUGAGCAGAAACCAGAUCGCAGGUCCUGGUCGUUCUGUCAGUUGAGGAUCAGAGUUUACUGGAGCUACAGGAGCAUCUUCUCUGGACUGAGACCUGGUCCUGGUCCUGGACUCACAGAUGUGUGACGGAGCUACAGACGACAGAGGAACCUGUGGAGAAACGAUCCUUCAUCUCAUCUCUGCAGGUUUCUUUGGAAACAUUCAACGUUGCUUUCCCUGAAUGGAUUCCCGUUCCCCUGCUGACCUUUGACCCUGUGUGUCACGCUGGACCGUGGUUCCUCAACAUUUGACAUUUCACUGUGAUGGAGGUCAGAGGGUCGGAGUCUCAGCGGCUCGCUGUGAUUGGCUGAUUCCACUCUUCUUCAGGAUAAAUGUUUGGAUCGGGGAUUUUCCACCUUCACUUCCUGCAGAGGAUCAUGGGAAAUAUGAGUCCAUGGACACUCAGAUGAUGUCAUUGAUCGCCCCAUAAACAAAGUAACAUCUCUUCAGCAUCGACAGUGACAUCAUGUUACCUGGAGGUCAGGGGUCAGGCGGGGGGAGGCUGGGCCUGCUGCGGUGGCUUGGGCUCCGGUUGUGGUCCCGGCGCGGGACCCUGGUCUUUGCUCUGCUCUGGUUCGGCUCCUGGUUGUUUCUGAACGGCCUGGUUCUGGUUCACAGGAGCAUCAUGAUGUCUGACUACUGCACUGACGACAAGAGCCAGAGGAUCCUGAAGCGAUUGUGCGUGGAGUUCGGCGAGGGCAGGGUGACAGGGGACAUGUGUGAGGACAUGUGCGUCCUCGGCCUGGUCGACUACAAACGCUGUCUCUACUACGAGAACGGGAAGAAGGUGAUGGAGGGGCGGUGGAGAGGAAAACCCGUCAUCCUCAAGUCCAAGCUGGAGAACUUCUCCUCCUACGAGCCGCUGGGAAUCCUGGACUAUCAGGACGCAGCGGAGGACGUGUCUCCACUCGACGUGGUUUUCUACGCCACUCUGGAGGUACGAAACUCGCUGGGAUUGGCUGAGGCAGAUGAGGAGGAGGAAGAGGGCGGAAGAGGAGGAGGAGGCGGAGCCAACAGUUCUCUGGCCAGACUUUGGGGGAAGAAGCUGAAAAAGCGAGACAAGAGUUUCUCCAGAGCGGAGUUAGCAUCGCUAUGGUCGCUGCUGCAGCAGGAGGAGUACACCUUCCUCAGACUCCUGCAGGACCUCAGCACUCAUGUGGCCAAGGUGCUGGGUUCCUGUGGUCAUUUCUACGCUGUGGAGUACCUGUCAGCAGGACACGCCUGGGACCAGAACAUCUUCUCCCUGGAGGACGUGGUGGUCCCUGGACGCACGGGUCGGGACCGGGCCGGACCACGUGGACGCUGGACCAGCAGGGAGAUGGUCCACCGCAUCGCGCUGAGUUUCCUGGACAUGGUUUGGCACUUUGACAACGACUUUGCCCACAAACUGCACCUGUGCGACAUCAAGCCGGAGAACUUCGCCAUCAGGACGGACCUGACCGUGGUGGCGAUCGACGUGGACAUGGCGUUCUUUGAGCCAAAGAUGCAGGACAUCCUGGAACAGAACUGCAGCAGCGACGACGACUGUAACUUCUUCGACUGUUCAUCCAGGUGUAAUCUGAGCAGACGCAGGUGUAACCCGCGGCGACGCAACACUAACCUGCAGGUGAUUUGUGAGAAGAUUUUCAGGCCGUGGUUUUCUCCCACUCUGCUCGGGGCUAAAGCAGGGCUCCCCCUACAGGUGGAGCUGCAGCGGGCUGUGCAGGAGUGUUCAGAAACAGAUGGAGGUGUAGACGAGAGAGAAGACGAUGCAGCAGGUGGACGACCAGGAGGGGGCAGCAGCAGCAGCAGCAGCAGCAGAGACAUCCACCAGCGUCUCCUCAACAUCCUGACCCGUCUCCUCCAUGAGGGCGGAGCUUCAGACGAGGGCAAAAGAGAGCGUGAGGAGAGAGGCCAUGCCCACACGUCUCUGAACUUCUAAAGAGCACAUGAAGGAAACUCAGAUUAAAACUGGAGUAAAGACAUUUUCAGGAUCAUAUCAGUAACUCUGAGCGCCCCCUGCUGCUGAGAACCAGCACUAGGACUCUCACACACUUAGUGAAAACAAAAUGGCUGCCAACUUUAACAAAAGACUCUUGAUAUUAAAUCUACAACAGUUUAAGUCUACAAUAUCUGUGUCACAUGUUCACGUCUUCAUCUCACUGUAAGACCACUCACUCUCCCACAACAAAGCCCAUAGAGAUUUUCUCUAUGGGCUUUGGUGUGGGACAGUGAGUGGUUUACAAACGUCUGUCUAACAGUGAGAUAAAGACGUGAACAUCAGUUUUUGGUGGAGGAGAGAAAACUCAGGUUUCUAUUCACCUGAGGAUCAUGUGAUGGAUGAUUUACUUUCUUCUUCUUUAAUUAAAGCAGUUUUUUAGUCUCAGUGAGAUUCAAGAAAUUCUCUUGUUUGAAGAGAAACAAAUGUAUUCAUGAUGUCAUUUAUUAGACUUUUAUUCUGACAUUUUCUUGACGACGUCACCUGUUUUUCACUCAUUCCCACUGAGUGGACGUUUGUGGAGGCGGAUCACUGGUAUUAUGGGACUUUAACAAAAGAUCUAAAAAUAUGUUAAAAUUUAAACAUAUUUAUUUACUUUUUUUUAACCUACAAACAUUAACUUGUUUACGACAGUGUUGAAAUAAAAGACGAGAAAUGUGACGUCACUAUCUGCUAACGUAAACAACAAUGUUAGCUUAGCAUUUAAACUGGAAAACAUAUUUAGCUUCUGUUUCUGUUUUAACUUAAGUUUGAAUUUUAAAUGUUUUUGUUUACAGAUGAAUAAUAAAAUAAUAAUAAAAUCUUC